GGGGGUUUAACAUUAGGGAGGUUUAUGAUAGACAGAUAGAGCGGCCAUGGAAGACAACAAAUUCUCCACUGCGAAUCCAAACCCCAGCCAACAGAUCGCAAUGUCUCCCUCAAAAUCCGGGCAAAACGAAGGAAACCCAGAAUCGGAAACCUCAGAAUCUCCACCACCAAUCGUCGAAUCUUCAGAUCCCCCCAGAGAAAAGAACAAUCAAGAAUCCAACGAAGAUGGGAUUAGCGCGGGGGAGAAAAUCGGGGAAGGAGAACGGGAGGAAGAGGAGGAGGAGGAGGAAGGAGAGUGUGGGUUUUGUUUGUUUAUGAAGGAGGGUGGGUGUAGAGAUACCUUUACGGAUUGGGAGAAGUGUGUGGAGGAGGGCGAGAAGAACAAAGAGGAUAUUGUUGAAAAAUGCUUCGGGGUGACUUCUGCUCUGAAGAGGUGUAUGGAAGCUCAUUCAGAUUACUAUGCUCCCCUUUUGAUGGCUGAGAAGGCUGCUGAGGCCGAGGCCUUGAAAGAAUUGGAGACAGAGAAGGAGAAAGAGAAGGAAAGAGAAGAAUCUAGUGAAGGAAAUACCAAAUUGACGGGAGAAGGAGAAUCAGAGAGUUCUGAGAAAAAAGAGUCUUGAACUUGGUAAUUUAAAGAUUGAGCUCUUCUUUAUUUUUCAUAUUAUAUCCAACUAUACAAUGGUUUUGGUUAAGGGACAGUUGUGAACUUAAUAACAUCUAUUGAGCGAUGUUAAGAGGAUAUGUGAUUCUUUUACUAACAUUGAUAUUUCCAAAGUAAUUGAAUGAUCCAUUCACUUGAUUUUGUUUUGGAAUGAUUUGCUGUAUUUCAUUUACUCCACGGGUUGUCUGUUUUUGUUUACAUGUUGGUAUGCUUGGUUUGAU